AUGGUUAGGGGUCCAAGGAAACAUCUGAAGCGUCUGAAUGCGCCGAAACACUGGAUGCUGGAUAAAAGGACUGGAGUGUUUGCCCCAAGGCCGAAUCCCGGUCCACACAAACUUCGCGAGUGCCUGCCGCUAAUACUGUUCAUUCGGAAUCGGUUGAAAUAUGCGCUAACUUAUGACGAGACAAAGAAAAUCUUGAAACAGCGCUUAGUCAAGGUGGACGGAAAAGUUAGGACCGAUUUAAAGUAUCCCGCUGGAUUUAUGGAUGUCGUUUCAAUAGAAAAAACGGGCGAAAACUUUCGUCUUAUUUAUGAUGCGAAGGGACGCUACAUCAUGAAACUUUGCAAGGUCAAAAAGAUAUUCACAGGCCCGAAAGGUAUUCCAGUGCUAGUGACUCACGAUGGGCGAACGAUUCGCUAUCCAGAUCCGCUGAUCAAGGCAAAUGACACAAUCGUCUAUGAUCUUACGACGAAUAAGAUCAAAGAGUUUAUAAAGUUCGAUUCAGGCAAUCUGUGCAUGGUUACUGGAGGCCAUAACGUCGGCCGAGUCGGUUUGGUGAUGCAUCGUGAACGCCAUCUUGGAUCCUUUGAUAUCGUGCACGUGAAAGACGCUGCCGGAAAUUCAUUUGCUACAAGGUUGAACAACAUUUUCAUCAUUGGAAAAGGCAAAGAGCCCUUUGUCAGUUUACCUCGUGGAAAAGGUAUCAAACUCACUAUUGCCGAAGAAAGAGACCGACGGCUAGCAAGCAAACAGAAGGCGCUAAUUUGA